UCUGCAACUUCACACUCCUCUCUCUAAAAAUGGCGAUGGCGGGAAUCAGCUGUUCUUCAUUCUCAAUCAAGACGCGUACAGACAAACCCUACUAUUCAUUCUCUACUACAAAAACUUCUUCACCGUCAUCAUUAUCAUCUCAUUUUCCAAAUAUUAAAACAUUUUGUUACUCAAAUUCAAAAAAAACUUUUCAUUCAAAGAGUAAAAGCAGUUCAUUUUCUUAUGGAAAAUCAAGAGAAGAGGUUUCAAAAAAGAAAACGAAAGAUGAGAAAGGAGAUUUGAGUCGAUCACAAUCAGCUGUAAUUAAGUCUGUUGGUACUCAGAAAAAGGAAAAGAAGAGUCUUUUCUAUGACUCUAAGUCCAAAGAUUCAGAGGUUGAGCCAGGAAAUCUUCAAGUUGCAGCUUUCUUAAAUGCUGUAGUGAAGGUGUACUGCACUCAUACAGCACCUGAUUAUUCCCUUCCAUGGCAAAAACAAAGACAAUAUACAAGCACGGGAAGUGCUUUUCUAAUUGGAGAUGGGAAGCUUUUGACAAAUGCACAUUGUGUCGAACAUGGUACACAGGUCAAAGUGAAGAGAAGAGGUGAUGACACCAAAUAUGUGGCUAAGGUUUUGGCCAAAGGUGUUGAAUGUGACAUUGCUUUGCUAUCUGUUGAAAGUGAAGAAUUCUGGAAAGGAGCCGAGCCCCUUCAUUUCGGGCGCCUGCCAUGUCUUCAGGAUGCAGUCACUGUUGUCGGGUACCCACUUGGAGGAGACACAAUAUCAGUGACGAAGGGUGUAGUGUCACGAAUAGAGGUUACUUCAUAUGCACACGGUGCUUCUGAAUUGCUGGGUAUUCAAAUUGAUGCAGCAGUAAAUCCUGGAAAUAGUGGUGGUCCUGCCUUUAAUGACCAAGGGGAGUGCAUAGGGGUCGCAUUUCAGGUAUACAGAUCUGAUGAUGCUGAGAAUAUUGGAUACGUUAUUCCCACCACUGUUGUUUCUCAUUUUUUGGAUGACUAUGAGAAAAAUGGGAAGUAUACUGGAUUUCCUUGCCUUGGAGUGUUGUUGCAAAAGCUGGAGAAUCCAGCACUUCGUACAUGUCUUAAAGUACAGUCCAAUGAGGGUGUCCUGGUGCGGAAAAUUGAACCUACAGCUGAUGCAUAUAAUGUUUUAAAAGAGGGGGAUGUUAUUGUAAGCUUUGAUGAUGUUAGUGUAGGAUCUGAAGGAACAGUGCCUUUUAGAUCAACCGAGCGCAUUGCAUUCCGCUACCUGAUUAGUCAAAAGUUUGCAGGUGACACAGUGGAGAUUGGUAUUAUUCGGCAAGGAGCCUUCAUGAAAGUUCAGACCGUCGUAAAUCCGCGUGUGCAUUUGGUUCCUUAUCACAUUGAAGGAGGCCAACCCUCAUAUCUGAUCAUUGCCGGUUUGGUGUUCACCCCUCUUUCGGAACCGCUCAUUGAUGAAGAGUGUGAAGACACAAUUGGGUUGAAACUACUUGCAAAGGCUAGAUACUCUUCAGCGAAGUUCAAGGGAGAACAGAUUGUCGUCCUAUCACAGGUCUUGGCAAACGAAGUGAACAUUGGAUACGAAGAUAUGGGCAAUCAACAGGUCUUGAAAUUCAAUGGGACUCGAGUAAAAAACAUAUCUCACUUAUCACACCUUGUCGACUCAUGCCAGGACAAAUAUUUGGUAUUUGAAUUCGAAGACAACUUCGUUGCUGUUUUGGAUCGGGAGGCUGCUACAAUUGCAUCUCCUUGCAUUCUAAAGGAUUAUGGAAUUCCGUCAGAAAGAUCCUCUGAUUUAUUGGAACCAUAUGUGGAUCAGCCAGAAGAAAACUGGGGAACAGAUCACGACUUGGGGGACACACCCAACUCAAAUUCGGAGCUGGGGUUUGAUGGCCUUCUAUGGGCUUGAAACUAAACAAUGAUAACUACAACUAGUUUCAAGAUUCUGUCUCUGAGGUGUGCAAAAUCGCAGCCUGCGGAGAAAGCUGAUGGCAAAUGUAUAUGCCUCCUGCGGCAUCCUUUUGCUGUAGUUAUUGAGUCAUUACUCUCCAAAUUUUUAUCAGUUGGGGGUGUAAAUGCAGGCCAGAGCUGAUUGUUUCAGGGCUGUUUCCAAAUCAUCACUAGAUUAUUUCGGGGAACUUCGCUUCAGCGCUUUGGCUUUGCAGAGUUUUCCAUUUAUCAUUAGAUUAUUUCGAGGACAGUACAUCAGGUCAUUGAAUUCACAGAGUAUUCCAUGUAUCAUUAGAUUUUUAGGGGAAAGUCCUUCAGGUAUGGUCUUUGGCUUUGCAGGGAUUCCCAUGUAUCAUUAGAUUAUCUAGGGGGAAGUAUGUCAGGUCUUUGGCUGUGCGGAGUUUUCCCAUGUAUCACUAGAUUUUUAAACUUCAUAUUCAAAAAGUUUGCCUAUUUGGAAUUUAUGAGAUUGUUGCAUGUAAGAACACUUCGAUGGAUUCAAUUAAAGAAAUAAAAAGAUAGCUAGAUCUCAGGCCUAUUGCCA